AUGAUUUCAGACGACGUAUUAAUUUCGCGAAUUCCGAAGCAAGUUCAAGAAAAAGAUGAUCCCAAUGUUCUUGAGUUUCAACUGCCGAGUGUUGCCUUGUGUCUAGAUUGGUUUAAUGAAAAUUUAGUCUAUGGCCAUGAUCUUGGAAUAACUGUUUUAUCUAGAUCUCCAAACACUCAAGCUAAUAGUUAUUCAACAGAAAUACAGAAGAAAUGGGAAUUUAAAAAAAAUUAUUUUCAUUUGGGAAAGUCUGUAGAGCUUGUUAGAUACCGUGAUAAAUAUGUCGCUGCAGUCCACCCUACCUUUGAUAUCACUUUAGUAGAUACCCAAUCUGGAAAAUUAACAUUGCUCGGUGGCUCGAGUGGUCAUUCUUCUUAUAUUAAUUCUGUUGAUAUAUCUAUUAAUGGCUUAGUAGCUUCUACAGGCGAUGAUCGUGCAUUAUUAAUAUGGGAUGAUGGAACGCCCUUUGACUUUCCACUAGGCGGUGUAGGAAAAAUUGUCAAAUUUUGGAACUCUGCAGAUAGCAACAUUGUUGUCGUUCUUGAAGCUGGAAAUAAAAUUAGAGUACUAAAUUAUCAAACAAAAGAGUGGAUGCUAACUAUUUAUCCAGGUCAAGCUGGGUGCUGUGGUCCUUCAACAGGUUCUGUAAAGGAUAUUAUGAUAACUGAUAAAUUCCUUUAUGCAAUUGGACUUGGGUGGUGGAAAAAAUAUGAUUUGGAAAACAUUUAUGGUGGAUGCGGAUUUACCACUCCUGUUGCAGAGCAAACAUUUUUUCAAAAGCCUCUUUCUUCUCAUUUAGUUAUUUCGAACUCGAGAUUUAUAGGUCUUGCUACAGCUAAGCUUCAAUUGAUUUAUGAUACCAACAAAAAUAAAUUAUACUCGUUGGAUUUCAACCUUCCUGAUGAUGAAAUUACUGGAUUAACUAUUUCAUCAACUGGUGAAGCUUUUAUCAUUGCUACUGGAAAUAUUUUAACAUUAAUUAGCCUAAUAUAA